AUGGCGACGGCGAUUCUUUCCCCUCGUGAUUGCCUGCAAGGUCGGUUCCGCCGCGAAGCAUUCACCCUGCGAUCUCCGCGUGUGGCGUCGUCGAGGGAUGCGUUUCCGAACCCUAAACCUAAGGCCGAUGCUCGCAGGCGGAAGAGGAGUCCCGUGGGGAACCAGAAGGAUAGGGCGGCGUCGCGAUCGCAGUCUCUGAAUCUCGUGAUGGGGCAGGUGAAGAUAUUGAAGCGCGGGGAGUCGCUCGACUCUGUUACGGAGAGUGAGGAUGAGAAGAAGGGGAAGAGGGAGGAGGGCGAGGGGAAGAAGGUGGUGGAUCUUGGAUUGGGAUCGACGGAUCGGCUUGGGCCAGAGCCUGAGAUUGUUCAGAAGGAGAUUAGGGUGGAGGAGUUCAAUAAAGUUGGGGAUACGAUGUAUGCAGGUUCGGCGUUUUUCACCUCACCGCCUCCGAGUUCGCUUCCCGUGCCGGCGUUUCUGGGGAAAGGUGGGGUUGGGGAUGCUACUACUGGUCUUAGGCGAUUACUGGGGCUGAAUCUGGUUUAA